AUGGGUCAGGCUACGUCAAAUAUUGAUCCACAAGAAAAGAGGGACAUUGUACAAGAGUUCACUAAAGAGGAAUUGCAAACCUUGUUCUACCAUAGAUGUUUGCUGUUAUUGAAACCCAUUGAAGUGGCAUUUCUUAAACAAGACUUAAAUGGAAAGACUUCAGUAACUGCUGAUGAUUUAGGUAAACUCUUCAAGUUCCCAGAGAAUACCAAUUCUUUUUCAGAAGGCACCCUAAACAUUUUGUAUCAUGUGAUGAAAUUAAUCGGUAAAUUUCCCUUUAUAAACAACAACAAUUUAGCGAUUGAAGAGACGUUACUGUUUGAGGAAUUGGUAGUUUCAUUGGUGUUUUUCAGUGGACGUUAUAAGAAAAUAUUCAAUAGUGAUUAUGAUUUUUUAAAGUUAUUGUUUAUAAGUUUAUCCGAUAGACCACAAACCAAAGAUUCCAAGACAAUUGAUGAAAAGAAUGUCGACCCAGGAACUGAAAAAUUUAAAACAAACUUGAUAGUUGCAUUAGAAGAAGAAGAUAAACAAGAAUUGAGAGCUAGAAAGAUCAAUUGGUCAAAACUAGAUGUCAUUAAGGAUUUUGAUCACACAGAAGUGCAGCAAUUGCUGGUAAAUGCAAAACGUUUACAAGAUAUGACAACGUUGUGUUUGAUUCUCAAUGCAAUUGUUAGACAUAAUCAUGAUGCAAUACAGAAACAACUAGUUGAGUACUCAGAUAGAUGGCGAGAGUUCGAGGUGUAUUCCUUAUAUUUGCUUCGAUACUUGGAUGUCUACUUAGAAUUAGAUAAACUAGAGAACCAAAAGAUCUCAUAUGAUCUGUUCAGUAAGGGAAUUAAUGGAUUGCUACCUUAUUUUUUCCAGAUUAACUUGAACAGGAUGGUUUGUGAUUCGUUGCUCUCCUCCAAUUCGCCAAUGGCGACAAAGCCAACUGAGGAACACAAUGAUUCCACAGAAUCGACACCUCAGAAGAAACACACAUUUCCUAAGUUUCAGGAGACCAAGGUUGUCUCAAUUCCAUUUUUGUCUUAUGUGUCGAGUAUGCUUCAAGGAAUUGGGAAUCCAACCAUAUUAAGUCCAUCAAAUCUUGUAAAAUUGUAUGCUGGUUCAGAAGCUGGGUUUUCUAUCCGAUCGUUGGAAACAAAAAUUUUUAAAUGGCAGGCUCCCACUUUGGUUGUUGUAAGUGGUAAACGACUUAAGUCUAAAACCAUGCAAACGAAUAGAAGGUACCAAAAAUUCGAUGAGAUGUAUCCAAGACAUUUCUUGGCCCUGGAAAAUCACUUGAGAGAUUGGCAACAUGAAAGUGAUAGAAUUACAUAUGCUGUCUUGGUUAACCAACCGUGGAAAAGUUCAAAUAAGAAUAAUUUUGGAGACGAAAAGUCGAUUAUCUUGUCAAUACUGCCAAGAGCAGAUUAUUUUAAAAGUGUCCACAGUAGUAUAUUACAAGGGCAACUGAUUUAUUUCAAUAAUUUAGGCAUGGGAUUAGGUUUUGGUAAUAACCAACCUUUGAAUAAGAAUGACACCAAACGCUUCAUACCAGGUGAUAUGUCUUUAACCAUUGAAGCAAAUUUGGAGUUUGCUGUGUUUCGACACCUCGUUAAUCUGAGUUCCAGUAAUGAUAAAUUCUUCCAUAAUUCUCAGCAAUCCCAUAUUUCACAUGAAGAUUACGAAGAUAGAUUUACUAUUUCUACUAUAGAAGUGUGGGGAUUAUUGGUGAGUGGAAAAGAGUUGGAGGAACAAAAAAAGCAAUGGGAAUGGGAAGAAAAACAGGCUGAAGCUAGACAAAAUGUAAAUAUCCGUAAUUUAGGAGAAGAGAGAGCGUUCUUGGAAAUGGCUGGAUUAGUGGGCAAUCAUGGGGCUGCUGGUGGAUCAAUGUAG